CAGAUGGAUUUAGUUGAAACAUAGAAAUUCUUCUGUAAUUCCUUAAGGAUAUUCAUUACUACCCACACAGGAAUAACACAAUCACAAUUUGGACAAUAUGAUACAAUGCUUUCAUCUUAUGGUGAAAACAAGGAUAAUUUGAACAUUUUAGACAAGCUACAGUAACUGUGUACUGAUCAGAUUGGUACAAAGUACCACAUACUGACUGUACUUUGCAUACUAAUACUGAAAUUAUGAAUGAUGAUUUGAUGAAAUUAUUAGUUUGAAAUUAUUCUGUUCUAGAGAAAGCAUGAAUGGUGAUUCUGAUGAUGAAAUAAGUCAACUACGAGCUGCAGCACUUUCAACCCGAUCAUCAAAUGUAAGAUUUUAAUGAUGCCGAUCAGCCGAUGCACCAAUAUUACUCAUAAAUAGUUAUUCAAUAGAAAUAUCCCAAACUUCAAAUGAAAUAACCUGUCUUUGUACAAAUUCAUCAUAAUAUCGAUAGCUUACUAACAUAAUUGCCUAACUCAGUUUCUAGCAUUUUGAGAAAAAUGCAAAAAUAAGUCGGAAACAUUCGAAAGUUGCUAUUUUAUUAUAGUUCUUCUAAACAUGUAUAACAAAAAGAAAAGCAGAAAAUGUGAAACACUGUAAAAGUUCCAGUGUAGUGUUAAUGUGUGUUAAACCUGACUUAGGCAUUUAUACUACCCAAACAUAUUGCCUAUGUCACACAAUUGAGAUAGGCAAAAACAUUGCAAGCCAUGUAAGCAGAGCUGUGAUUGGCUAAUCAUGUCAUUAUAUAUGCACCCGAUUAGAUCGCUCAAAAGGCAGUGUAGUUAGGCAAUAAUCCAAAAAUGGCCCAAAAGUGACAUAGGCAGUUAUGUUAGUAAGCUGUCGAUAUAUCAUUGACAUGCAAAACUCGUCACAAAUACAUGUAAUAUCAGCUAUUGUUAAUACAAGAGGGCACAGAAGGAAACAUUGCUACUGUACAGUAUGUACUACUGAGUUAAAUAAUAAAAUACCAAAAACUGUUACUUUUUUAUCAGCUUGGUUGCAGAUGCAAACAUAAUAUCAGGCAAAAGUGUAUCUGUAAAACUUGUAAACAAUAUAUUGGAGCUGAAAAGUGAAAAAUUCUCACAGUAUGUUGAAACAAACAGCAAUGCUUUAUCUCAGGGGUGUAGGAAGCUUGAUAAACUUACCCCUCUACAACGAAAACUAAAAGCAAGUCCGGAUUUUGGUGGAGAUUGUGGGGAAGGUGCAGCGUUCUAGCUCACAGCCCCCAUGGAUGUUAGAACUUAUAACAUACAGGGUGAGCCCAUUACAUGACAUUAGGGCUCAUGACAUUACUGCAAAGUUUCUUUCGAAACAUUGUAUUAAAAGGAUACUAAUGACACAAAGAUGAAUGGCUAUUAUAACUAAGGAACGGAACGCAAAGGAACUUCUUAUUCUGAUUCUUAAUUUCUUGUUUAGAUGAGAAAAAGAAAGGUGACCUUAAUAAAUCCUAGGGAUAAUGUCACUGGAGAAAACAAACGGCAAAUUAUUGUGAAUGCAAGGAAAGUCGUCGUUGGUACAAACUCUGAUUCACAAGUGGAGUCAGGGGACAAUAACACAACUACUUCGAACAACGACAAUGAUUCGGAUUUACAUUGGCCUCGAGCUGUUAUGGAUUCGUAUGCACCCAAAAAACCAAAAUUGCAAAACGACCGUAGGAUCUUAAAUGUAGGUGAAAAGCAAGUUAAGACUGGAAAGGACCAGAGGUUAUUUACUAUAAGUGAAGGGAAGAGAAACAAAGAAGAAGUUUUAUUUGAGCCUGAUGAGGUUAUAGAUUUUGACACAGAUAUUCGAGUUAUUUUAAAUGACGACAAUGAAAAUGGGACAAGUGUGGACGACGAUGUCAAUACAAAAGUUGACGUAAUAGAGAUUUAUGACGAAGAUGAAUUGGAAAAUACAACAGAAAUAAAUGAAGGAAAUGAUAUUCAUGAAAGUUCAUCAAAUGACGAAGCUGAGGAAAUCCCAUUUGCGGCGGAAAGAUCGUCUGUGAGGAAGGUGGAAAUAAAAAGUUCAGAACAAAGAACUGAAGGGGAAGAAAUAAAUGUUGAAGAAGUAGAGGAGGAUGAAGAAGUAGAGGAGGAUGAAGAAAGAGACAAAGAUAUUCAAGAUAUAGAGGAAGGAGAUAAGGCAGGGGAUGAGAAAGAACAUGAGGAUAGAGAUGAGGAAGGACAAAAUAAACAAGUGGGAGAAGUAGAGCAAGAGAAAAAUGAAAAAGAAAACGGGAAAGAAGCCAAAGAUGAAAAAGAAGAAGUAAAAGAUGUCAAAGAAGUUGAAAAAGGGAAAAGUGGUAGUCAAAGGCAACAAAAAGAUAACGAACAACUAAAUAUUGUCAAAGAUGGAAAAAGUGCAGAAACUACAAACAAGAAGGAUGAAAGUAAACAAAGAAAAACAGAAAAACUUAAAUCUGAAGAAAAAGGUGAAAAUCCAAAGAACAACCAAAAAACUGCAGAGAUAGGGAAUGCUGCAAAAGAAGAAAAUAAGUCAGAUGAUAAUAAUAGUAAGGAUGAAAGUAGUGGAUCAGAAAGCGAUUCUUCUCGCUCCAGUGAUUCAUCAAGCUCUUCAGGAUCAUCAUCAUCAUAUUCCAGUUCAUCUUCUUCCUCGCGAACUUCAAGUGAUAGUCACAGUAGUUCUGGUAGUGAUUCAGACAGUGAUGAUGAUAAGAAAUCAAGGCAUAGUAAACAUAGUUCAAGACGUUCUAGUAGUCAUUCAAGCUCAUAUUCUUACUCAACUGGCGGUUCAGCGGAGAAAAACACGAUGCGAUCAGUGAUAUCACACAAAGAGAAAGACUCCAGGCGUAGCCGUUCACCUCGACGAUCACCUCGUCAAUCACCACGUCAAUCACCUCGACGAUCACCUCGUCAAUCACCACGUCAAUCACCACGUCAAUCACCUCGACGAUCACCUCGUCAAUCACCACGUCAAUCACCUCGACGAUCACCUCGACGAUCACCACGUCAAUCACCACGUCAAUCACCACGUCAAUCACCGUGUGGUCCACCACGUCAAUCACCGCGUGGUCGGUGGUCACCUAGAGACCGUAGAUAUCCUGAUAGACGGCGAUCUUACGACAGAGAUGAUCGUUAUGGGAGAGAUCGUUAUAGCAGGGAUAGAGUUAGACCUUGGAGAGACGACAGCACGAGAUUUUCACGCCGUAGAUCCCCCCACAGCCGUUUGGGAAGGCGACCUAGCCCACUUAGGGAUUAUCGUAGGGAUAUAAAUCGUAGUAGAGAACGAGACAGGCAAAGAGACACACGGUUCAAUAGACCUGAUGAGCGGCCUCGUCGUAGGCGUACGCAUUCCAGAUCAGUUGAGGAAAAGAACGAUUCUUCAGACAAGAACAAUUUAUCGCGUACAGAUGAUGACUUUGUGGAAAUCGAUGUCAAACAAAAGCCUGAUAUCAGGGAAUCUAGGCUUAAGAAGUCUGGACGGUUAGGAGAAAAAAGAGUCGAUGCAAACGGUAAAAAUGUUUAUUUAUUCAUUUAUCCAUUUAUUCUUUUAAAUUUAUCGAUACCCCGCAGAUCUACCCGUGUCUACUACCAUGUGACAAAUAUAGAAUAUACAUAUAAAGACUAUUUCGUAAUUGUUUUGUACAGUAUGAAAAAAUACAAUGACUGCUCAACCACAACGGAUUUUUUCAACAUGCUUAAGUCAGUGAUGACAGAAGACACAUUUAUACAAGUAUUUUAAAUCAAAUACAAAACAAUGGUAACUCCUGAAGGCUCG